AUAGACAUUAUAUACAUGCCUAUAAGCUUCGGAGCUUCGUACCUUAUUAUAGCUAGAGAAGGUCUCUCUAGCUAUCUAGAAGCUAGAGCAUUAAGAGAUCCGACCUCGAAGCUAGUAGCUAAGUUCUUAUACGAAGAAGUCAUCUAUCGGUAUAGCUAUUUCUAUAAGUUAGUUAUUAACGGAGGCCCUAAGAACACCGGAUAUACCUAUGAUCUUACUAAAGACUACAGCAUUAAACGGAUCCUAAUCUUGCUAUAUUACCUAUAG